AUGUGCGUUGUGGAUAAGGAGAACCUACAAAUUAAGGUGGAAAAGAUCGUCAGUUGUAUUGUUUGGUUAUUGGAGGAGACACAGGAACUUGCAGAUGCUACACGAAAUGGAGAACAAUCGAAGGUAAUAAGUCAUUGGGUAAUCUCGCAGGGAAAGAUCAAAAAAUAG